GGUAUGGGGGGGGGCGCCGCGGGUAUAAAGGCGGGGAAGGCGUGUCACUCCUCACCAUCGUCACAAUGAGGCUGCUGGCGCUGUGUGCUCUCGGGGUGCUGUGCCUCGCGGCGGGCGGCUCCUGCCAGGAUGUUUCCAACGCUGAAAAGCAGCGUGACGUGAACGAAAUCCUGUGGAAGGUGUACGAAGAAAUCCGCGACCCCCACCUGAAGGAGCUCUCCACGACCUUCAACCCGCUCUCCGGCCACUAUGACGACGAUGGUGUCGCCGUGAAGCGUCUUCUCCAGGAGCUCAACGACCACCGCCUGCUGGAGCAGCACCACUGGUUCUCGCUCUUCAACACCCGCCAGCGCGAGGAAGCCCUCAUGCUCUACGAUGUCCUCGAACACUCCACCGACUGGGAGACCUUCGCCGGCAACGCCGCUUACUUCCGUGCCCGCAUGAACGAGGGAGAGUUCGUGUAUGCUCUGUACGCUGCCGUCAUACAUUCUGAGCUCACUACGCACGUGGUCCUGCCGCCCCUCUAUGAGGUCACUCCCCACCUCUUCACCAACAGCGAGGUUAUCCAGGAAGCUUACAAGGCCAAGAUGACACAAAAGCGCGCUACGAUCCAGUCCCACUUCACCGGCAGCAAGAGCAACCCUGAGCAGCGCGUGGCCUACUUCGGCGAGGACAUCGGCAUGAACACCCACCACGUCACCUGGCACUUGGAGUUCCCCUUCUGGUGGGACGACUCCCACGAGAACCACCACAUCGAGCGCAAGGGCGAGAACUUCUUCUGGGUCCACCAUCAGCUGACUGUCCGCUUCGACGCUGAGCGCCUGUCCAACCACCUUGACCCCGUCGAUGAGCUGCACUGGGACGAUGUCAUCCACGAGGGCUUCGAUCCUCAGGCCAUGUACAAGUACGGCGGCUACUUCCCCUCUCGCCCAGACAAUGUGAAGUUUGAGGAUGUCGACGAUGUUGCUGAUGUUCGUGACAUGCUCCUGUACGAAUCACGCAUUCGUGACUCGAUUGCUCACGGCUAUAUUCGAGACAACGCCGGCAAGAUCGUUGACCUGAGGAACGCCCAUGGCAUCGACGUACUGGGAGACGUCAUUGAGUCAUCCACGUACAGCCCUAACCCACAGUACUACGGCGCCCUGCACAACACCGCUCACAUGAUGCUCGGCCGCCAGGGUGACCCCCACGGCAAGUUUGACCUGCCCCCCGGCGUCCUCGAGCACUUCGAGACCGCCACGCGCGACCCUGCCUUCUUCCGCCUCCACAAGUACAUGGAUAACAUCUUCCGGGAACACAAGGACAGCCUUCCUCCCUACACCGCGGAGGAGCUCGAAUUUGAAGGGGUCAACAUCGACAGCUUCUACGUGAAGGGAAAUCUGGAAACCUAUUUUGAGGAUUUCGAGUACAGCCUCGUGAACGCUGUGGACGACACGGAAACUGUUGAUGACGUGGAGAUCAACACUUACAUCAAGCGUCUGAACCACAGGGAGUUCUCUUUCGUCGCGGACGUCACCAAUGAGCAUAACCACGAUGUGCUUGCCACCGUGCGCAUCUUCGCUUGGCCGCACCAGGACAACAACGGUGUCGAGUACUCCUUCGAUGAUGGUCGCUGGAACGCCAUCGAGCUGGACAAAUUCUGGGUUGAGCUGCAUCCUGGCCAUAACCAUUUGGAGCGAUCGUCCGAAGACUCGUCCGUGACCGUCCCAGAUGUCCCAAGCUUCCAGUUCCUUAAGGACAGGACCGAAGAGGCGCUGGACCAGGGCAGGGAGCUCCAUCUUGAACGAUUCGAGAGCUCCCUCGGCCUGCCAAACAGGUUCCUCAUUCCCAAGGGCCACAGCCAAGGUCUUGAAUUCGACCUUGUGGUUGCCAUCACUGACGGAGCCGCUGACGCUGCCACCGACGGCCUGCACGAGAGCACCACCUUCAACCACUAUGGCUACCGCGGCGCCUACCCCGACAACAGACCCCACGGCUACCCCCUGGACCGCCACGUCGACGAUGAGCGAGUCUUUGAGAACCUGCACAACUUCAAACAUAUUCACGUCAAGGUCUACCAUCGCGACUAAGGCGUAUGCGUCUCCGUGCUGCUCUCAAGGACCGCGUGUGGCUUCUCUUUUACAGCCUUCGAGUAGCACACAAUACUUUUAGUGGAUGUCUGUCACCUUUCUAAGCACCAGUGCAAAGCAUGUCUUUUUCGUGUUAUUUACAGGACGCACACCAAACGAUAAACACAAUUUUUUUACAUCACGGAAAUACAUAAUUUCACUUGAAGAAACAUGUUUUGUUAUUUGACUAAAUCGCAGGUAGGAGGUCCUCACAAAAAUAUCUGUUGAGAGUCCACAUUAUUAUAAAAUUUAUAUAUUUAAACACACACACACACACACACACAAGCAAACAGGCCCACAGAAGAGAUUUUGAUGUAAUCCCGAAUUAAACAUUCUUCCCAAUCAAA